AUGGACGAGCAGAGUGCCAUACCUGGACAGCGAGUCAGUUCAAGAUCAACGAAGGGCAAGCUGCCCAAGCGAUUUAUUUCCUCCGACGCAGACGUCGGAAACCUAACACAGCGAAGACAUGAUGAGAGAGGUGUAAGGACUAGUGCAUCCGAAAGAAGAAUAGCCAAGGAAGUCGAGAGACUACAGGCGGAGUUGGACAAGGAAGCAGAAGUGGCGAAGUUGCGACAAGAGUCGAUCGCCAUCCAACUCGAUCUAAUGAAGAAGGCAAGCACGGUGGAGAGGGCGAAGUCUGAGUUUCGUCGCCGCUCUUCCGCAUCUGCUUACAGUGAGAACAGCAGCGAAGAUAGAAGUGUCUACUCACCUUCCGAUUUGGACCGACCAGUGGUCGGCACAGGACGUGGGUCUACACCACAGUCAGCUGAUGGACUGGUCGAACCGACAGCCACAGUUACAGACGCAGCGUAUGCGUCGGGUGAUGUUGAGGCAAACCCGGUGGAGAUGGUGCUUGGGCAAUCGCCAAUAGUGCCACCCAGUGUUACUGGUUCAGCAAGUUCAGAUGCUGAUGACGACGAAACAGAGGUGGAUAGUUGCAGCUCCGACUACAGCAGAAGGCUGCCUCUGUGGUAUGUUAGAGAACUAAGGAACAGAAAGUCGAACUCAGAACUGGCAGGGGACCAGCAGCAGCAGCAACAACAUGUCAGCAGAUCCACACAGCAGUUUGUUGUCAGGAAUCCAGGCAGACUACAGCCAACAACUACCCUGUCAAGGGCAGUAAGGACACCAGCACACCCAGUGAGCAGCAGACCAGUGCCAGCAGUGAAUGCUGCUGUUCCGUCACCACCUGCUACUAUCAGUGCAGUAGGCAGUAGCACCACCAGUGGAGCAUCAGCAACUAGGCCGCAUGGUGUGGACGGUCUCAGCGCACAGCGCGCCGUAGCCGCAUCCAGUGCAGCGCCAACUCAACGCUCUGGCUUCGUGAGCCAGGCGUUCGCACCAAUGACAGCACUUACAGCAGCCGCCCCUCCGUUUGUGCCGAAGCCCAGCGUGACGGUGCACGGAGCAGCUACCAGUAGUCAGCCGACAAUCUCGCGUGAGGUCAGACCCGGCCUGACAUACACCAGCACACCGGCGUAUCCAUAUCAGCCUAUGCCUGUACCACAGUACAUGGUUUCAACAGCAGCACCCCAGUACCCGAGUAGCCAAGCACAAGCAGUGCCAGCCCACCAAAUCGGACAGCAUCAGGGUGCCCCGACAGUGACGCCGGCCUACCGCCCGAGUGGCCACCUCAAGGCACUGAAGCUGCCCAUGUUUGAUGGCAAUGAAGACAAUUACGUGAGAUGGCGGCAGAAAUUCAUGGGACUGGUCGGCGCAGAUCCGAAUGUCACAGAAUACUACAAGAUGGCACGCCUGAGGGAGGCUCUCGCGGGUGGCUGUGCUGAGGAGCUGAUAGAAGACGUCAUGGACGGGCCGGGGGCCUAUCAGGCAGCCAUGCAGGAGAUCGAGGCCUGGUAUGGUGGUGAGGAUCGUCAGAUCGAGCGGCACGAGCAGGAAAUCAUUACGUGGCCGAAGAUCACUACCAUGAAGGACACUGAGAAGAUAAAGAAGUUCGCAUUGAAGCUGCGGAGUGUCCUGGUGAACAUGAGGUCAUGUGGUAUAACCCCUGGCCGAGAGCUCUAUCUCGCUGCAACGGAGAAAGUCCCGUCGUCAAUGCUGCUCAAGUACUUUGAGAAGUAUGAUGACCAGAAAUGCAAUGUACAAUCAUUCGCGGACUGGCUGCUUCACGUCGUGCACAUGAUGCGGAAGGUGGACGAGCGCCAGCGCAACAGCUACAAGAGCCAAGCAGUGUCAUCCAGCAGCAGUUCGGACAAGCGCCAGGCUGCUGCAGAAAGACAAUCCGCUUGUGGCAGUCAGAGGACCAAAUUGUCAGAGCGCCGUCAACACUACACUCUGACAACAGCCGCCGAGAGCAGCGAGCGGAAGUCAGCCGGUACUCCGAAGAGCUGCAUCAAGUGCGGUAAGCAGCAUCAACUUGCAGACUGCCAUGAGUUCGCGAAGAUGUCAGUUGCUGAACGCUGGAGCUUCGUGAAGCCCCUCAACAUCUGCAUCUGUUGCCUGAGACCGGCUAAGCAUCGAUCGGCAGAGUGUCGCAACAAGCCCUGCGACAUGUGUGGGCGGAAGCACCACAGAAUGUUACACUCGGAGAGAAAGCCCAGCGAACAGGCGCCGGUAGUUAAGGCACAAACCGCCGAAGGUGACAAAGCGGGUGCACAUUCGUCUGCUGCCGUCAAUGUCGGAGCCAGCUGCUUCGCGAGUGACAGUCUCUCCCAGUCUCAGCACGUAUUGUUCAUGACAGUGCCGGUGACAGUGAAGAAUGGUCCUCACGUCGUCGAGGCUACCGCACUGCUAGAUUCGGCAUCAUCCGUCAGCUUCAUCAGAGAAGACCUGGCCAAGCAGCUGAGUUACAGCGGAGAUGUCGAAACACUGACGACUACCGUACUAGGUGGCAAGACCAUCCGAGGUGACCGUGAGAGAGUAGCGGUUACUAUCACCCGACAGGGAGGCGACGAAGAGUCUGCAUGCUCUGCCUUCGUCCUUCCAACAGUGACUGGUGCCAUCAAGCCUGUCGACUGGAACGCGCAGAAACAGAACUGGACGCACCUGAGCGACAUCAGGUUCCCAAGGCACCAGCAGCAUGCUCAGGUGGACAUCCUCAUUGGACUCAAUGCGGCACAGCUUCACACGUCCCUGGAGGAACGGCAUGGCAAGCCUGGUGACCCGCUAGCUCGGUUGACACCACUCGGGUGGGUGUGUUACGGCGCAACUGACAACUCCUAUGACCAGCCCGAGAUGACAUGUGUUGGUGCAUCUCUCGUCGGGUCUACGCAGGACCUGAGACUAGAUGAACUUGUCAACAGCUUCUGGGAGUUGGAGAAGGUCGGCAUGGGUGAGACAUACUCAACACCUGAUGAGCAACGGGCAGAACAGCUAGUGACCGAGUCGAUUCAACACGAUGGAUCGCGUUUUGAGAUGGGCAUCCCGUGGAGUGCGACGAGCGGGAUUCCGAGCCUCGAGUCCAACGCAAAGCAGGCUGAGCAGCGGCUUCAGUCGUUGGAGCGCUCGCUCGCCAAACGACCGGCUGUGUACGAGGCAUACCGGAACGUGCUGUCAACCUACAUGACGAAGCACUACAUCGAAGAAGUUGAGCCCACCACAGCGGCAGAGGACGGAAGUGAUCAAUGGUAUCUUCCCCACUUCCCAGUCGUGAGAAAUGAUCGCGUGACCACCAAGGUGAGAGUCGUCUUCGAUGCGUCCGUCAACUGGGGAGGUACGUCUAUGAACGAGGAGAUGUAUGCUGGCAGAAAGACACAGAACAAUAUUGUUCACGUCCUGCUUCGCUUCUGCCUGGAGCCGGUGGCCCUGCACGAGCCGAAGGUGUACCAGUUCAACCGCAUCGUCUUUGGUGUAAAAGCGUCACCGUACCUGGCGGGUAGAGCUCUCGAGGAGACCUCCAACAAGUUUGGCCAUCUCUACUCAACUGACGUAUCGGCCGCGGUCCACGAUGACACUUACGUAGAUGACCUACUCCAUUCGUGUGCUGAUGAUGACACAGCCAAGCGUGUGCGCCUCGAGGUGAAGUCACUACUCCAUGAUGGUGGAUUCAACAUCCGCAAGUGGCUGUCCAAUUCUGCAGCAGUAAUGGCCGAUGUUCCAGAGGAGGAUCGUGCGCCAGGAGCUGUUGCCGAGGUGGGUGAUCACAGUCACAGCACGCUGCCAUCCACGAAGACUCUAGGUGUCACCUGGAAUGCUGAGUCCGACAAGUUCCUCUUCGUCUUCUCCGGCUGCGCAGCUGAGCAGAUGACCAAGAGGACAGUCCUGAAGGAGAUGUCCACAGUAUUCGACCCGCGAGGACAGAUCUGCCCGUUCACGAUUCGCUCGCGGAUGAUGUUCCAGCAGCUAUGCAUCAAAGGGUAUGGCUGGGACGAUCAACUGGACGAGCAUGAUGCCAAGGCUUGGACGCAAUGGUUCUCGGAGCUACCCUCACUCUCAGCAGUCCAAGUCGACCGGUGUUUCAAGGUGGCCACUCUCGACCCCUCCACUGCUGAGAUCCAAGUGCACACGUUCACCGAUGCAUCUGAUGGAGCGUACGCUGCUGCUACGUACAUACGGUGCCAGUAUCCAGACGGAACGGUGAAGACGACGCUAGCCCUGGCGAAGGCGAGACCAUCUCCAAUCCGCAAGCUCUCCAUCCCAAAAUUGGAGCUGAAGGCAGCGGUCCUCGGCACGAAGCUGAGCCUCGAGGUGGAGAAAGCACUCAACCUGCCAGUCCGAGACCAUGUAUUCUGGACGGACAGUAUGAACGUGCUGUAUUGGGUCAGAUCUCACAGCCGGAAGUUUCAGACCGACAUCGGGAACAAAAUCUCCGAGAUUCACGCCGCUACCUCUGGAGCUCAAUGGCGUCAUAUCCCGGGCCGACUCAACCCCGCAGACCUGCCAAGUCGUGGAUUGACAGCGGAGAAGCUAGCUGACAAUGAAGUCUGGUGGUCCGGACCGGAGUUCCUGUCGUCGCCUCCCGAUCAGUGGCCAAUUCGAGAGAUCACUGUGCCAUCAUACGUCGGUGGAGAGACGAAGCGAGCCCUGGCAUCUGCGUUUGUCACAACAGCAGCGGAGCCUGCACAGUCUCGCUUGUCACCAGCCAGGUACUCGUCAUGGAAGAGACUUCUUCGCGUGACGUGCUGGUGCCUUCGUUUCCUCCGCAACUGCAAGCAGGCAGCUGGAUCAACCAAAGCCAGUGCACCUGCCACAUCAGAUGGAUUGCUGCAACCUCUCCCAGCCAGCAGCACAGAGGGGAGUUGCGACUGCAGCGGCAGUUGUGUUCCAGUACCGGAGCUGUCGGCUGAGGAGAUGGUACUUUCAGAGAGGUACUGGCUCUCCGUUUCUCAACGCGAGUCCUAUGGGCGCACCAUCAGCCGUCUUGAGCGUGGCCAACCACUUGAGAAUGGCGAUCCGCUGCUGCCACUGAAUCCAGAACUGGAUACAAGUCAGCAUCCUGCAGUGCUGAUAGUCGGCGGACGGCUCGAUAAUGCUAGCACGAAGGUUACGGCAUGCACACGCCGGCCCGUGAUUCUCCCACCUAAGCACCAGAUCACCUCACUCGUCAUAGCAUCGGAGGAUGAGAAGUGUCAUCACGAAUUCGGAGUCAACUAUCUACUCGCAAAUCUCCGACAACGCUAUUGGAUCGUCCGCGGGAAGCAGGCAGUGAAGUCGCAUCGACACGGUUGCAACGGCUGCAGACGACGGUGGAACAGGCCAGCAUCCCAACUCAUGGGACAGCUUCCUGAGCAGCGUGUCGCUAUCACUGAACGAGUGUUCUCUGGCGUUGGCGUGGACUACGCCGGGCCGUUCUCGACAAGGCAAGGCCGUGGACGAAGCCGUGCCAAGCGUUAUCUCUGCCUAUUUACGUGUCUGGAGACACGUGCGUGUCAUUUGGAAAUGGCUUACGACAUGACGGCACAGGGGUUCUUGAUGUGUUUCUCCCGAUUCUGUAAGAGGCGAGGCACACCGAAGGAUGUCGUCUCUGACAACGGCGCCAAUUUCGUCGCUACUGAAGCAGAGCUGCGAGACGCCGUGGAAGAGCUGGAGCACUCUGAAGAUGUUGCGGCAGACAUGGCGUCAAACAAGAUCAACUGGAGAUUUAAUCCACCAAGCGCGCCACAUCACGGAGGUGUGUUCGAGUCUAUGAUCAAGCUGGCGAAGCGUGCAGUGUACGCCGUUCUCGAAAAUGGAGUGUGCAGUGAUGAAGAGCUUGCGACCGCAUUCGUUCAUGCGGAGGCUAUGCUGAACGCCCGACCUCUUACGAGUAUCAGUGACGAUGCCGAGGAUCUAGAGCCGCUAACGCCACUGCACUUCCUCGUGGGUCAUCGCGAUAUCCACCACGCCAUCGAUCAUCUGGAGCCUGACGGACAGCCUGAUCCACAUGACAGGUGGAGAGUUGUACAGCGCCUAACUCAAGACGUCUGGCGAAGGUUGGUGAAGGAGGUGGUUCCAACGUUGAACGUCCGGCAGAAGUGGCAGCAGAAGAAACGCAACAUCAAGGUGGGCGAUGUCGUCAUCUGUGUUGACGCACACACCCCUAGAAAUACCUGGCCACUCGGUCGAGUGGUUGCUGUAUACCCGGCUGAGGACGGUUGUGUACGCGUAGUGGACAUCAAGAUCCGCAAGCGGGUGUACCGACGUGCUAUCAAUGUCCUGAUUCCACUCGAGAGUGAGCAGUGA